UUGAGUAUUUCAGGAACUGCUGAACUACUGGGAUUUUCCCACAACAACAGUCUCUAGAGUUUACACAGAAUGGUGCGAAAAGCAAAAAACAUCGAGUGAGCGACAGUUCUGUGCGUGGAAACGCCUUGUUGAUGAGAAAGUUCAGAGAUAAAUGGCCAGAAUGGUUCAAGCUGCCAGGAAGGAUAUAGUAACUCAUAUAAUCACUCUUUACAACCGCGGUGAGCAGAAAAGCAUCUCAGCAUACACAUCACACAGGUUUCUCUAUUAAAAUGGAGGCGGAGUGUGUAACCCCUGGUUACAAGUGUGCUUUGUUAUGCGUCCAGAUGUAUUGUAUUGUUUUUCCUUAUAGAUGGAUGGACCAAUGGACACAGCCACGCCUUCUCUAAAAGGCAAAGCAGACAGAUGGAUACGUAACUCCUCUCUCAACUUGCACUGCACCAACUACCAACAGGACUACGGUGAGAGAUGAGAAGACGCCAGACCGUAUACAUACACCUCACAGUUUGCUCUCUCGGGCUCCAUGGCUUACAUUUCCAUCUUGUUUGGUUUCAAGCAUGUUCAGGGUAGUGGAAGCAUGACUAUCUGACACUGUUAUUCAGAUUUCUGUUACUUUCGUUCAUAUGCAGUACGUGCACAUGAUAAUUCAGUAUUUUUUUUUUGUUUAGAAUUAGUGGAUGGUUAUAAGUAUGGAGAAGAAAAUUAAAAAAAGAGUUUGUUUUGUGCCUACAUGUUGUCUUCUGCUUAUACAUUGCUGAUACACGUGAAACGUUUGAGUUCGCUAAUACAUCGGGGGACACCUUGUUUUUAUUCAUCUUUUCCUCUUUCAGGUAAAGAAGGAUUCAGUUCAUGCUUAGGUCAUCACUAUGGGACAGGCUACUCUGCCAAUCUGAAACCUGCUGGUUACUACAGUCCCAGCCGCGAGCUGCUUCACAACCCCAACCUCGGGUCAGCAAACAAUACUGUGUAUCUGAUAACCCUGUGUGUCUGGUUCUACCACCUUUACUUGUAUCUCUCUCUCUCUCUCUCUCUCUCUCUCUCUAGUGUUUCACUAUUGGACAGUUUUCAGUCCCAGACUAAACGCCAUUACCAACCACUGACUGUACCCAAUGGAGCUGAGGCGCUGCCUAGCACGAGAGACAAGAGCAGAGAAAGUGGAUACCUGCAACUUCACACACAGCCCAGACCUGUGAGAAUCAUAUCUCCGCUCUAUUUUUGUGUUUGUGCCACAGUGUACCGUAAGCAUCAGAUGGUGGGAGCUAAAGAAGAGAGCGGAUUCACUGAGGGAACCAACCUGCAGUACAAUAUACUUCUACCCCAAGACACCCCCAUGGCUUACAAUUCAGUAUAUUUUCAUUCUUACUGCUUUUCAGGCAAUGAAGUGUUACCCAAAUUGGUCGCUCAUGCUCCUCGAGAGACUGCAUUCACCAGAGACGCUCAGGAACUGCUCAGGACAUGCCCUGAUUCUCCGGUACCGGCGUGUCCUCACGGCCACAGACAGAAGAGCCUGCUGUUUGCCGAGAGAUCUAUUGGACGGAAGAGUGUGCGAAGUAGGCCAGUGAGUUCUGUUCUGUUUCAGGAAGGCUCAGGCUUCAUCCUCAACACUCCCAUCCUCAAGACUCUGUCAGACACACCAUAUGACCCACUGCAGUUCCUCUCACACUACCACAGCAAGUUUUGCAACAAGGCAGGUUUCGAUACGCUUAAGGCAGGCUGGAACAGAGGAGGUAUUCACAAACACAGAGACAGCGGAUAUAGCGGACGAGAUACAGACAGGUAUAAAUACUACAAACACAAUUAUGAAUGAUACUCGUACGGUACCGCUCAAAAGACUCGUACUCCUAAGUGUUCUCGUAUGAAAUCCACAUCGUAUGAAAUCAAGCAAAAUGAUCUGCCAAUAGAAUGACAAUUUUCAGCUUGAAAUGAGUAAAUAUGUCUAGAUAAAUAUGUUCG